GGCUCACCUGCUUGAGGAAACAGGAACUGCCUCGGGGCAGCCAGCCCCGCCCCAUUGACGUGCAGACCUUGAAUCGAAACCCAGGCUCCUGCAGGCACUGGCACAGCUACAGCGAGGGCCUCGGCCAUCCAAGGGUCUCCCAGGUGACCUUCCCUCCACCCCAGGAAGCUAUGACAGAGGCCGGGAAGCUGCCCCUACCGCUACCCCCACGGCUGGACUGGUUUGUGCACACCCAGAUGGGCCAGCUGGCCCAAGACGGGGUCCCUGAGUGGUUCCAUGGUGCAAUCUCAAGAGAGGAUGCUGAGAACUUGCUGGAGUCCCAGCCACUGGGAUCCUUUCUCAUCAGGGUCAGUCACAGCCAUGUGGGCUACACACUCUCCUACAAAGCCCAAAGCAGCUGCUGCCAUUUCAUGGUGAAGCUCUUGGAUGAUGGGACUUUCAUGAUCCCCGGGGAGAAGGUGGCCCACACCUCGCUGGAGGCCCUGGUCACCUUCCACCAGCAGAAGCCAAUUGAGCCACGCAGGGAGCUGCUGACACAGCCCUGCAGGCAGAAGGAUCCCGCAAACGCGGAUUACGAGGAUCUCUUCCUCUACUCCAACGCAGUGGCCGAGGAAGCUGCCUGCCCGGUGUCUGCCCCUGAGGAGGCCUCCCCAAAGCCAGUCCUGUGUCACCAAUCAAAAGAAAGGAAGCCGUCAGCAGAGAUGAACAGAAUAACCACCAAGGAAGCCACUUCCUCCUGCCCCGCAAAAGCCCCUCUUGGAGAGACCCGCCAGAAACUCUGGAGGAGCCUCAAAAUGCUCCCCGAGAGAGGCCAGAGGGUCCGGCAGCAGCUAAAAAGCCACCUCGCCACUGUGAACUUGUCGUCACUCUUGGAUGUCCGGAGAUCCACGGUGAUCUCAGGCCCUGGGACCGGAAAAGGCAGCCAAGAUCACUCAGGGGAUCCCACCUCGGGGGACAGAGGCUACACGGAUCCCUGUGUGGCCACAUCUCUCAAAAUCCCCUCACAGCCCCAGGCACCAAAAGACAGAAAGGUCCCCACCAGGAAGGCCGAGAGGUCGGUCAGCUGCAUUGAGGUGACCCCAGGGGACAUGAGUUGGCACCAAAUGGUAGUGAGAGCCCUAUCCUCCCAGGAGUCCAAGCCAGAGCACCAGGGCUUGGCAGAUCCUGAGAACGACCAGCUCCCGGAGGAGUACCAACAACCGCCACCCUUUGCCCCUGGGUACUGCUAGAGAACAAGUCCACCCUGGCUCUGGGACUCGCUGCCAGGGGCUGCCACACUCCUGAAUGUCCUAACAUUUCUUCCAUGGCCCCACACCAUGGCAUCCGGGGGUCUUCGGGAACCCGGGAAAUGGAAUAAAGAUGUUUUUGGGGUCUGUUCCUGCACUUACCCAUGGGGUGAGCUGGUUAUUUUAGCAACAAUCAUCAGAGUGACGCUGAUGGUUUGGGGCGCCAGCUGUACAUCAGCCCCAGUGCCAGACCCUCUAUUCAUUAUUUUACACCUCAGAGCAAGGCCCUCAGGGAGGGUCAUCCUCCAUGUUUUGAAGAAGAGACUGAGGUUCAGAGAGGAUAAGAGGCAUGACCAAGGCCACAGAGCUAUGGGUGUCAGCACCAGGAUUUGAAGCCAGGUGAAUCUGAGCCCUUUUCCCAUAUCAUCUGUUUGUUCUGUUGUCUAAAAGCACACUGCAAGCCGGGCUCAGUGGCUCAUGCCUGUAGUCCCAGCACUCUGUGGGGCCGAGGCAGGCAGAUCGCUUGAGGCCAGGAGUUCAAGACCAGCCUGGCCAACAUGGUGAAACCCCGUCUAUACUAAAAAAUUCAAAAAUUACCCGGACGUGGUGGCGCAUGCCUGUAAUCCCAGCUACUUGGGAGCCUGAGGCAGGAGAAUUGCUUGAACCCGGGAGGCAGAGGUUGCGGUGAGCCGAGAUCGCAUCACUGCAGUCCAGCCUGGAUGACAAAGUGAGACUCCAUCUCAAAAAAUAAAUAAAUAAAAAUGAAAUAAAAAAAUAA